AGCCAUAAGCGCAGCAUGUAGCUCUGAUGGCGGGACGGCCACCUCCCCGCAAGCGCCGGAGAGAUUGGGGAGAGGAGGACGUGCCCCACGCGGACAGUCGAGAGCCGUCUCCGAACAGAGAUGGGGGCCAGCUGCGGCGCCCCUUCUCCAGGUUGCUGGAGCGCCGCAGCAGGAGUCGCAGCCCGCAGCGGCGGGUGAUCAUCCCCGGCCGGCGCAGCCGCAGCCCCAGCAGGAGAGGUCGAAGGCCGCCAGGCCGCAUGGGCCCGGACCGCGGCGGCCCGGACCGCGGCGGCCCGGACCGCGGCGCCCUGCCGCGGCGCCGCGUGGGCGAUGACGGAGGCUGGGGGCGGCACAGGUCGGGCUCCGGACUGACGUUGACCCCUGCAGCCGGCGCGCGGCGGGACGACGAGGACCUUCCUGGCCCGGCGCCGGCGCCGGCGGUGGCGCUGAGGUUUGCGCGCCGCAGAUUCGGAGGGCGCAGAGGCGACCAGGACGACGAGGACGACUGGCACCGGCAAGACCCAGAGCGCAGCAAGAAGAACAAACUCCGGCUGGAGGACUGGAUCCUGGCUGUGAACCUGCUGCUCAGCUGGGACGACCAGAAAACCAUCUCGGCAGCUGAGAUGGAAGGGUUUUUGUCACGGUUCCUCGAGUACGAUGCCAAAGUGAAGUAUCGCAUCACGCCGCGACUCACCUCCGAGAUCUUCCUGAGGGGGAUCCUUCGCACUCUCUGGGACAUCGAUCGGCUUCUGCGCGUGAUGAACCCCGGGGAGGAGCUGAAGAUGGUCACCGCCAAGAGCCCGCUGGUGCUGAGCAUCCUCCGGGUGAUGGCCUACGAGUUCAUGUGGACCCCGAACUGCACUCCUCGCGGAGCGAGGGAAGGUGCGCGGGAUUUGAUGGAGAGGGUCAGCCUCUCUGUGAAGGCGGACAGAGAAUGGAUCACCGACGCGAUGAUCCGAAUGGGCGAAGCCUUUGAGAAGGCACACAAUGACUGGGACAAGAAGCAUCAGGCAGCCAAAGAAAAGAAGCGCCGCGAGCGAGCGCAGCAAGCGGCCGCUGCUGCCGGCGGAGGGGACCUCACGGCCGGAGGUGCGAAGGUGAAACUGGCGGACAACGCCAAAGCUGCAAAGGCGGCACGGGCGCAAGGCAGGAAGAAGGAAGGCGGCGACCCUGUGAAGCGCAGAGGCGCCGACGCCCACUUUGGCAACGCCCGGGCUUUGGCGGCCAAGGCAGGCAAAGACCAGGCGGAUGCGAAGCUGGCGCGCACCGUGGUUGUGCGCCCUGCAGCAGCACAGGAUGAGGGCGACGAGGACGAGGAGGGGGAGGAGGCCCCCGAGCGCGAGGACGCGGAGGCGGACGCUGAGGCGGACGCGGACGCGGACGCGGACGCGGCGGUGGAGGAUGCGGAGGACGCCGCGGGUGAGGAAGGCGACGGCGACGGCGACGGCGACGGCGAGGGCGAGGGCGAGGGCGAGGAAACCAAGGAGGACGGCGAAGGAGAGGACGGCGAAGGAGAGGAACCUGCAGGUGGCAACGAGCCGCAGGAAGACGGCCAGAAGACCGCGACAGAUGGCCGUGCCACUCCGGAGGCGGAGGAAUGCUAGAGUCGCUGGAUGGAAGCCUUGCCUCGGCACGCUGUGAGAGAAGCCGGAGCGAAGGUUGCAAGGACGUGGACGGCAGCCAUUGCUGGUGCCGUUGCGACGUGCAAAACGCGCGUGGCGGUUGGCAGGCCAAUGUGCCAAGGGUGAGAUGAGUGAGUCUGGUACAGUGUGAAGCCAGCGAG